CCCAGCUCGGCGCUUGCAUUUGGCAACCCUAAGCUUCCCUCCGAUACCAUGUCCCACUCCCGGCAAAAAUCAAGUCUCUGGCUAUUCGACCUCGGUCGUGGAGGAGGAGGGUUUGCCGGGAAAAAAUGCGGCCCCUUGGGAGGAGGCUUCCGUACCAUCUUUGGGGACGGAGAGAGAGGCCUGCUCUCUGGCAAUGAAAAGAUAACCAUGCAGAAUCUGAAUGACCGCUUGGCUACCUACCUGGACAAGGUCCGAGCUCUGGAGGAGGCCAACAAGGAGCUCGAGUUCAAAAUCGAAGAGCGGUAUGAGAAAUUUGGUCGGGAAGCCGGUGGUCGUGGAGCCAAACGAGACUACAGCAAAUAUUUCCAGACGAUCGAAGAGCUUAAGAAACAGAUCUUGGACGCAACCACUAAGAGUGCCAGCUUCGUGCUCCAGAAUGACAAUGUGCGACUAGCGGCGGACGACUUCAAACUGAAGUACGAGACCGAGCUGGCUCUACGCCAGGGCGUGGAAGCCGACAGCAGUGGCUUGCGUAGGGUUCUGGAUGACUUGACCUUGUCUAAGACUGAUCUGGAGAUGCAGGUGGAGACUCUGAGGGAAGAAUUGGCCUACCUCAAGAAGAACCACGCGGAGGAAAUGAAAGGCCUGCAGUCUGCUUCGGGCUCGGAUGUGAGUGUGGAAAUGAACGCUGCCCCGGGAACGGACCUGACCAAACUUCUGAACGAUAUGAGGGCUCAGUACGAAAAGCUGGCGGGACAGAACCGCAGAGAGGCCGAAGCCUGGUUUCACGACAAGAGUGAAUCGUUACAACAGCAGAUUUCCAUGGUAACUGAUGAAUCCAACACAGCCAAGAGUGAGAUGACGGAACUGAAACGCACCCUCCAAGCCCUUGAGAUCGAGCUCCAAUCUGCCGUGGCCCUGAAAAACUCUCUGGAAGGAAGCUCGGGGGAAACGGAAACGAACUACCGAGCUCAGCUUUCACAAACCCAGGUCCAGAUCAGUGCGCUGGAGGCUCGGCUCCUUCGGAUCCGGACCGAAAUGGAAAACCAGAGCACCGAACACAACCAGCUUCUGGAUGUCAAGACCCGCCUGGAGAAUGAGAUCGAGACCUACCGUCGUCUGCUAGAUGAAGAGGGAGGGCACGGCGGUGGAUCCAGAACAGGAAACCCAGUCAAAGAACCAACAAAAACAUUUCUGUACAAAACCAUCGUUGAGGAGCUGGUUGAUGGAAUUGUCGUUUCAUCUCAGAUAAGGAAUGUCCAUCAAAGAUCGGCUUAAAAGAGACCUCGCGGAAGAAAGCCCAUGAUUUGAGGGCCCUUUCAUCUAUUGCGUUUAGAGACGCAAAAUUCCCUAUCCUUUACCAUUUGGUGAGUAGGAUCGAGUCCUAAAUAUCCUGGGAAACAAGGGGUCUAGUCAUAUUUUCCGCUUGGGUUAUAGAAGCAAAACCGUGGUAUAUUUUGGAAGUUCUUUGAUCUUUUUCAAUAAUCGUCUUUUGGAGUUUUUGGAAUUUUCAUAAUCUUCUUAUUUGCUCUACCCCAAGAUUAAUAUCAUCCUUAUUUCAGACAGCCUGUCCCGAAUGGACCCUCUGUCAGAAGUCAGUUAGAUCCAUUUAAAUCUGUGCUAAGACUUUCGCUCCUUGCUUAAAAAUUAACAAGAUAUUAAGUAACUGAAACUAUUUGCUUCAAACGAUGAUGUAUGAGAAUAAAGUUACAUUUUACCAUGGCCAGUUGGUGAAUGCAUGAUUUCAAAGUCGGAAUGAUCAAAUAAAUGUUUCAAGUACUGUC